UCAUGGGUUGAAGAAGAGAUAAGGGAGCGAGAAGCUAUCGCAGCGUGGGACCACGACGAACAGUGGCCGAGUAUACAAAAGCCGCCCUUCAAUAUUCAUAAGGCAAAAGAAUUCGACUCCCGUCUUACCGUCCUCGGCGAACCCGGCCAGCUCGGCAGUGGCAGCUUUGGUCGUGUCGAUAAAGUGAUUUAUGGCUCUGUCUCUCUCGCUCGCAAGCGUAUCGAACGGAAAGGGCGGCUGCGAAACUUUACAAUGGAAGACUUGCAACAAGAAGCAUUAACCAUGCGUAAGCUUAACCAUCGCCAUGUGGUAAAGCUUGUUGGUGCUUAUAUGCCUAAGCCAUGGCAGUUCUGCUUACUUAUUUGGCCUGCGGCCGUAUGCGAUCUCAAUACUCUCCUUGAUAAUCUGGAUUGGAUACGAGAAGGCCAGGAUGACCGGAAUGAUAUUAUGUCAAGGCUUAAUGUACUAGAGCUGAAUGAUCUGAGUGCAAUUAAACCCGGUUUAAACCGAACUAUGGACUCGGCUGCAAAAUGCCCCUUGGACUUCCUCCGCGGUUUACUUGGCUGCAUAGCUCGCGCAAUGGCAUAUUGCCACCUGAAUGGCAUUCGUCAUCUAGAUAUUAAACCGACAAAUAUCUUACUUAAAGCCAAUCGGGUCUACUUGGCUGACUUUGGCAUUUCCAAAGAUGUUAGUGGCCAAGAACAAACUGCUAUCGAGGGUGAGCCAGGAACAGAAAAAUGGCGAGCGCCGGAGCAUUAUAGCAAGAGCUCUAGCAUGCAGCUCUCUGAUAUAUAUUCACUUGGACUGGUCUAUCUCAACAUCGCAGCGGUUCUAUAUAACAUUAGGCUGGCAGAAUUUGAUGACGCUCUGGUAUACCCAGACCAUCUAAAUCGCAGUGACAAGCUUGCAGUUCGGGAACAGAAGCUUGGGUCCCUUCUUCAAAAAGUCGCUUCCUCUGCUUCGGAGAUACCUCAAGAAAUUACACAGUCUCAGAGGCUUGUGGAUCUUAUCACUAAUAUGAUAUCCCCAACACCCCAUACUCGACUACCAGCUAAUAAAAUUAACGAAAGGCUAUAUAUUCUAGGAGGAACACAUCAGAUAUAUUAUAACGAGUGUUGUAAACGUCCUAUAUCUUGGAUUGAAGAUACAGAUGAGAAACUCGCUACCUUGGCAAGCAUCAGGGCCGAAAAUGAAGAUUUGAAAAUGAAGAUUACUGAAUUAUGCAACAAAGAGACAAUGUAUGAGGAACAAUUAGAGAAUACAAAGAAAGCGCAUGAGCAGGCUAUCACUAGUCAGAAGGUAUUAUUUGAGAGUCGAGAGAAGAAG